GUUUGCAUUAUUUCCGCAUCAUUUUCAAUAUAAAUAUUGUGUAUACAUGUAUUAUUCAAUUUCUUUCGUUUUCUAAUCGUUUUAAACUCUCCAAAAAUCCAAAACUUUCCCUGUUGUGUACUGGGUCUUCCUUGCUAGGCAACUCUUUUUCCACUGCUUUCUCUCCUUCUCUCUGACCAAGAAAAUAGCCGUCUCUCUUCAAACCUCACAAAUUCCUAUUUUCUCUUCGUCCAAGAUACCCAUUUUAUUUUUAAACAAUUGUUUUUUGUCGCAUAAAGUUUGCUGCUUUGCAGCUGGGUUGAGCUCAAGAGUCUUGAUUUCAAGUGGGAUGUGAUGGGUUUUGAGAACCAAGGCUCCAGAAGUGGAAAUUAUGUUGGUGGCUUUCUUCAGAUCUUUGAUUGGAAUGCUAAAUCACGAAAGAAGUUAUUCUCAAGCAAAUCUGAUGCGCCCGGGCGAUCAAAACAGAAGAAAAGAUGUGAUGGAAACUUGCCAACAACCCGGAUUCAGAAGAUGGAAGUUGAUGAAAUUAUAGGUGGAGCAUCAAGUAUAAAAGAAGGCAGUGAUUAUAGUUAUAGUUGUUGUUCAUCAGUUAUGGAUGAAGACUUUUACGAGACGAGGGCCCCGAGUGUUGUUGCAAGGCUUAUGGGAUUAGAUUCCAUGCCACUUUCCGACUCUCAAUCCCUUCCCACCCUAAAUUAUUAUAACCACCAUCAACCUCAAAAGUCUGAAACUUUUCAAGAUGGAAUCACAAAUUCCGGCUCUUUGCCUGUCCAGAAUGCAAGAGUGAUUGAAAAAUUCCAAACGGAAGUGUUGCCGCCAAAAUAUGCAAAGUCAAUUUCGGUCACCCAUCACAAGCUUUUGUCCCCUAUAAAAAGCGGUUAUUUCAACCCGUCUACAGAUGGUACACGCGUAAUGGAGGCUGCCACAAGGAUCAUCGAAUUCGAGCCGAAUAAAAAGGUGAAAUCCCGAAAACCUCCAUCCAGAAUAUUUGAGGGUUCCCAAAGAAAAGGUGAAGUCAAGAAUCUCAAAGGGCCGGAGAAUAAGAAGGGAAAGUCGAUAUCGCUUGCAUUACAGGCGAAGGCAAACAUCCAGAAAAGAGAAGACAUGAAUGUGAAAAAGAAAGAAAUAUGUGAGCUCAGUCCAAGUAAUAGUAAUAAUAAUACUAAUAGUAUUAUCUUCAUAAGUCAACUGGCGGCACGGAAACAUAUUGCAAAGAAGCCUAGCUGUCAAAAUGGUCCUAAUGUGCUUCGCCAGAAUAAUCAGAAACAAAAUUGUAUAGUCGAUAGGGGGAAAUCUCCGGUGAAAUCCACCCCGAAAGUUGUAAAAAGCAAACUUAGUGGGACGUCUAGAGUCAGUAGCUCGAAAAAGACAGGCUCAGAGGUCAAAGAUGAUAAGAACAAAGCUGAAAGAGUUGCUCAAAAGAAAAGAUGCGUGGAUGGGAAUUCUAAGGCUGUUGGCUGGAAUCAGGAGGAUAGGAGAAAAACUGGAACAAAUGUUGUUUCAUUCACUUUCACAGCUCCAAUAAAAGGUUGCCACAGUAAAAGUUUGUACAUUGGGAAUAAUAAUAUAAAGGGUGGUGAUGCAUUAAGCAGUCUCUUGGAGGAAAAGCUUAAAGAGUUGGCUCAAAAAGUAGAGUUUUCGGAACACAAGUCAGAUUUGGAAGGGAAUCAAGCUGUGGAUGAAAUGGACAUAGAUAACCAGGAUUUGCUGGAAGAAUUGAGCAUUACGGACAGCAACACAUCCCGAGCUACAAAGUCACUUGAUUGUCGAUUUCCAAGUCCAGUUUCAGUCCUUGAUCUUUCUCCUUCUGCUGAAAGAUUCAAUUCUUCAGAUACUGCAGACAGCAACAGUAUGGGAGUUAGCAAACAAUGUUCAUCAUCAAUUCAAUCAUCUCACGAAUUACUCGACGACAUGUAUUCCUCAAAAAUGUUCCUCGCAAGUGAAGCAGAUGCCGAGUUAACCGACUCAGCUUCGUCAAAUUCUAUAGCCACCAUCGUGAAAACGCAAGUGCCAACCUUGAAUUCAACUAACCACCAUGUAAUGUCCCAAAAAUGGGAACUUGAGUACGUGAAGGAGAUACUAUUCAAAGUAGAGCUCAUGUUUGAGGAUUUUGCCGUGGGCCGAUCACAAGGUGUCAUAAAACCUCACCUCUUUGACAAACUCGAAAUGUCAAAAGGGUAUUUAAGUAAAUCUGGACACGUUUCAACAGUGGAAAGGAAACUUUUGUUCGACUGCGUGGGUGAAUGCUUGGAUUUUAGAUGCAGACCAUACGGAUGCAAAUCAUGGGUUAAGAAUGCAUCAGUUAUUAAAAGAAAAGAAAGAUUAGCUGGGGAGGUUUGCAAAGAAAUAUCGGGUUGGAGUCCAGUAGGAGAUUCUAUGAUAGAUGAGCUUGUCGAUAAGAACAUGAGCAGCCAACAUGGGAAAUGGCUCGACUUUGACGUGGAGGCCUUUGAGCUCGGUUUACAACUCGAGACUCGUGUUCUUAAUUCUUUGAUUGAUGAACUUGUGGCUUAUAUGCUCCAAACCAAGUCAACCAACGAUGACGCUAACGGACACCCAUCCAAAUGGACAAAGCUAAGGCCCAAGAAUCCAAACCAGAAACUGACCAACAAAUGGUCGGACGCCAGCGCACCCGAACCACUUCCUAACGGAUAA